GAGUGGAUACAUUUUAAACGCACUUGUGUGUGUAAUUUUUAUGUACAUUUAUGUACAUACAUACAACAAAUUGAAGGAAAAUCAGAAGUUACAAUGAUAUUGUUAAAUAUUAAUAAUAUUUGGACAUUUGUAUGCGCAGGUAUACACUCGCAUGUGUAGAGAGUACGUUAAUUUGUGUGUGUAACAACAAAGUGAGCUGCAAAUUGCGUGACAAAACUGUUUGAUAAUUGUGAAUAUAAACAUUAAUAAUGCCAUCAUAGAAAUUGUUGUUCGCCGGCUGCAUAAAUUUACUUGUAAAGGAUACCAAUAAAUGAAAACAGCAGACAUAAUGGAACAACAAAACAAUGUUAAUGGUGAUAUUCAGCGCAUGGAGAGAUUGGAUGUCAUUCCUCCCAAUAUGUACAGAUAUGAACCUCCACCACAACCACCACUACCACCACCAACAAUGUUACCUAAUGACACGCUGAAUUUAAUGAACCAUCCUAUGGUGAAUCCGGCAAAUGGGGCUUAUAUGUUAGGAGCUAUGCCAGAAACUAUCAUGCCUCCGGUCGAUCAUUGCCCCGAAAAGAUGAAAUUGCUAAUGCCAGAGCAAAUCAAAAACGAAAUGAACAAUUUCACAUCAGGACAAAAGCGGAGAAAUGCAUUAUUUCCCCCCGAACAGCAAUCGACAAGUAAACGGGUCGCCCUGCCAACCGCCGAAGAGAAGAAGAAUAAUCAACUUAGGAAAAACAUUCGGGAUGUCAUGGAUGAGACCAAUUUGGAUACCACAACACUGGCUGCUCAAAAAGAAGAAGCGGAACGUCUGGCUCGGGUGGCCGAUCAGCAAAAAUCGAUGCGAGAAAUUCAAAAGCAAGUUGUUCACAAGCAAUUCUUUCGCAUAUUGCAACUGGAUGAAAGCGAGGAUCUGAACAAGUGCACGUUGAACAAUGAAAUUAUUAACAACAAUGAAACUCCUAUCGAUCUACACGAGGAUGAGUUGGCAUCGGAGACAUUGGAUGAGACGAAUAGUAGCUUAAGUUGCAGUAUUGACGAUGUAUUAAAUAAGGAAGUCCAUCCCGAUGAAUCAAAUGAAGUUGUUACCAUUGAUGACAGUUCCGAUGAUGAUUGUAUACUGCUCUCGGAGGAGGAAGAGGAUGAGGAGGAGGACGUUAAUGAAUCGGAUGAUGCCACAAACAGUGGCAUGCAUGUGAAAGACGCCUAUAAUAUUCCCGAUGAGGAUGGACGGGUUGUUGUCAAUAUGGCGCAUCCGGAGGGCGAGGAGACAAUCUAUUUGGCUCCACAGAUUUCCAAAGUAAUUAAACCACAUCAAAUUGGAGGUGUACGGUUUCUGUACGAUAACAUAAUUGAAUCCACAAGGAGGUUUAGCAAAUCAAGCGGCUUUGGCUGUAUACUUGCUCAUUCCAUGGGUCUGGGGAAAACCUUGCAAGUAGUUUCCUUCUGUGAUAUUUUUUUAAGACAUACAUCAGCAAAGACGGUAUUAUGUGUCAUGCCCAUAAAUACCCUGCAAAAUUGGUUAAGUGAAUUCAAUAUGUGGGUCCCACGACAAUCGGCCGAUGAGAAUAUACGUCCACGUAACUUUGAUAUAUUCGUUUUGAAUGACCAACAGAAGACCCUGACUGCUCGAGCAAAAGUAAUUUUGAAUUGGGUACACGAAGGCGGUGUCCUUUUAAUUGGCUAUGAACUGUUUCGUCUACUCGCAUUGAAGCUGGCCACAACGCGUAAACGAAAAGUUAACAAAAAUCCCCAUCGAGUUGAUGGUUACGACUCGAGUACUAAUCUCAUGAAUAUGGUAUUCGAAGCGUUGGUUAAACCCGGUCCAGAUCUGGUUAUUUGCGAUGAGGGGCACAGAAUUAAGAACUCACAUGCUGGCAUAUCACUUGCAUUAAAACAAAUACGCACCCGUCGACGCAUUGUACUCACUGGAUAUCCUCUCCAGAAUAACCUAUUAGAAUAUUGGUGUAUGGUCGACUUCGUGAGGCCAAAUUAUCUGGGAACGCGAACAGAGUUCUGCAACAUGUUCGAGAGACCAAUUCAAAAUGGACAAUGUGUGGAUUCGACACCGGACGACAUAAAACUUAUGAGAUACAGAGCUCAUGUGCUUCAUUCGCUCUUACUGGGCUUCGUUCAGCGACGUUCGCAUACUGUAUUACAAAGUACUUUACCCAAAAAAUUAGAGUAUGUGAUAUUCGUGCGAAUGACGGCGUUUCAAAGAAAACUCUAUGAAACGUUUAUGACUGAUGUUGUUAGGAAAAAGGCUUUUCCGAAUCCCUUGAAAGCCUUUGCCGUUUGUUGUAAAAUUUGGAAUCAUCCGGAUGUUCUAUACAAUUUUCUAAAAAAAUGUGAGACUGAUUUAGAUUUAGAAAUCGACGAGGAACUUAGCAAGAGCGCUGCUAUACCAUCAGUGGAAUCCAUUCAUCCUAGUAAUCCUAUUAAUGCCGUCAAUACAGCAGCACCCACUAUCUCAGAAAAGCCCACGUCCGAUGCGACUUUCGAACAGGUGCCAAUUAAAACGCAAGAGAACUCAUUUAAUAUACCUUCAGCAGCCACAGAUAGGAAUCCAGAAAAGUUUCCUCCCAAUCCAAGCUCAAACUACUAUGAGGAAAAUAGAGAUCAACUGAGUUAUGGCGGCUAUAACUGUGAAGCAAAGAGUAACUAUUGGCUCGAGUCAAGUAUGCUUUCUAAACCGGCCUGUGUUGAAGCUAUUAAACAAACUGAUUCGGUAAUGACCAAGGACUUGGAAAAUAUAUCGGGAUCAUCGGAAAUUGUUGAUUUAGAUACAAAUGAAAUCAAAACAGUCGAGACCAGUAUUCAGCACUCAUCCACAAGUAAACAAAUGGAAACUGAUUUUGCUGCUUCAAAAAUAAAGCAAAUGAACAGUAUUAAUAUAGAAGCGGCUAAAAAGGCUCUUAGGGCUAAGAGAAAUGAUGAAUUCUCGUGCGGUUGGGCUGUUGAUCUGAUGAAAAACUAUGUAUCGGAUCAAAUAUCAAAUUCACCCAAAAUGGAAAUCUUCUUUACCAUAAUGAAGGAGAGCAUGCUUCUUGGAGAUAGAAUUUUAUUAUUUAGCCAAAGUCUAUUAACGUUGAAUUCGAUUGAAGGAUUCCUAAAAGCAAGUUACGUUCCGGGAAGUCAUGAGCUUUGGACUCGUAACAUUUCAUAUUUUCGUCUAGACGGUUCAACAUCUUCACAAGAAAGAGAGAGGCUAGUCAAUGAAUUCAACUCAAAUAGUAAUGUAAAACUAUUUUUAAUAUCAACACGAGCUGGAUCCUUGGGUAUUAAUUUAACUGGAGCUAAUCGAGUAAUCAUAUUUGAUGCCAGUUGGAAUCCUUGCCAUGAUACGCAAGCUGUAUAUAGAAUUUAUAGAUAUGGACAAACAAAACCCUGCUAUGUAUAUAGAAUUGUGAUGGAUAAAUGUCUGGAGAAGAAAAUUUACGAUAGGCAAAUUAAGAAGCAAGGAAUGUCCGAUCGAAUUGUUGACGAAUGCAAUCCCGAGGCACAUUUGUCUAUGAAGGAUAUAACUAAUCUGUGUCACGAUGACAAUUCCGAUGAUGAAAAUGUGAAUGAAACUCCUAAAGUGGCAGCAGAAGAAAAACCCGAUGGCGCCGAUGAAGAGAAAUCUGAAAAAUCAGAGGAGCCCGCAGUUGUUGUGCCUAAGACGCCCAAAGAGGAACCAGAAUUUAAGCAAAAUCAUGAAGAUUCAAUAAUUAACAGCAUUAUAGAACUGCACAGGAACUAUAUAUCAAAAGAGCCAUUUUUCCAUGAUAGCUUACUAGUUGAUCAAAAGGACAGAAAGUUGUCACAGGCAGAAAAAAGACAAGCUCAUCGUAGCUAUGAACAGGAAAAGAAAGCCUCAGUUAAUAAUAAAUUCAUAUGCACUCCUAACAAGAUGAAUUACAAAAUUGUUAAUAAUGAUGGAACUAUCAUAAGUCGACCAGUAGCAUCGAUAAGACCAAUGCAGACAAAGAAAAGCACUACUGUCUGUAGUGGAGGACGCACAACUCGCUGGAUUCCUGCUGAUGUGUGGCAAAGGCAAGGAAUGACUGCCCAAGAAAUGACUUUACCAUUAGAUGUUGUUAUCCCAACCAACUCUUCCGACAAGGCAAAUAUUAUAUUAAAGGCUGGACAACGAGUUAUGGUCUUAAAAUCUACCAAAGGGAUCUAUAUGCAAUUGGAUAGUGGAAAAAUCAUAGCAAUUAGAACAACAACAAAAUCGACGGAUGGUGAAAAGCCAGCCAAAGAGGACAUAAUUGAUAUAACAUCUGAUUGUGACACAGAUGUACCAAAGUCACAAUCUCCAGAAGAAGGAGAGAAAUCUGCUGAUGAUAAGCCCACCCGUGUGGAAAACAAAGGUGAAGGCGAACAAUCAACAUCAAAAAACAAAGACCAGAUGUCCUCUAAAGAGAACCGAUUGUCUGAGAAUCUUCAGCCAGUUAAACAUCACACGCAGCAAAGUACAUCAGCAACUACAACGCAGUUUAAUAUAUCCCAGAACCAACAUCAGUUACCUUGUAACUUAGAUUUCCCGCAGCAACAACAACAGCAGCAGCAGCAGCAACAACAACAACAACAGCCCUACAAACAUCAAUCUCAAUUACCCCCUAAUAUCAGCGAAGCGGCCUACAAUAGUGUUAAUUGCAUUCAAUCUAGUGUGCCACUUUCGAAUCCGCUUGUGCCCAAUCCGACGGACCUAACGGAAAAUGCGUAUUUUCAAAGUAAACAUUUCCAGCACUCGUAUCCCCCACAAUACUAUGAUUACUAUGACAAUAAGCACAAAGCCGCAGCGCCGUCUUCAAGCUAUCAUCUGAAUAAUUACGCUUCCUAUGGAAAUUUAAAUUUUGCGCCGUAUCAUUCCAACUUGCAUGCAACUCCCGGAUACAGUGCAAGUCCCUCAUCCUAUGUAAAUUCGAAUACUUUUCCUAGACAACAUUGGAGCGCGGUGGCAAGUACCCCCGCCUCGAAUGAGCCACUUCGCCAGCAAUCAUACUUGGGAAGUACUUAUCCUAUGAAUGACUGGGCGCCUCAAUAACAAUGUAAAUAAAUUUAAACCCCAUGGCUUUCUGUCUCAUUGUCCAUUGUUAAACAUAAGCUCUCAAAGAUAAUGUAAGAUCAAAUGCAUUUUCAGUUGCGAAGUAGGGACCUACCUUUUAUAUUUAUAAGUUAUUGCUGCUUUCGCAUUUUUGUUGUUUGAUAUGAACGAUUGUUUGAUUCAUUGAUUGAUGGCAACUUGAACUAGAAAUUUUGUUCGUUAUUUGCGGUGCGCAUGGUCGAAAGGGGAUGUGGUUGUUUUUAAAUCAAACAAAUUGUAUUAUUUCAGUAAAUUAAUCAAAUUUCAUAAUUUUGUUAAAAAAAAAAAAGAAAAUAUGUAUAACAAAAACUACUAAUUCUAAAUUAAAACAAAUUAAAUAUUUAUGUAUGUAAGAUGUAAUGAAAUUAAAUAAAUGGCGAUUCCCUGAAGGAAAGCGCAGUAUAAUGAAAA